AUGGCGCCGCCAAAGAAACAAUCAAAAACCCUGGCCAGCACGAGCAAAGCCAGGAAAGGUGCUGAGGAUGUUGACCCUGCUCCUGAGGCUCCUCAGGCUAACGAGCAAUCUGAAAAUGGUGGACCACUCCAGAAGCUCAUCCAUGACGAUCGAAUAGUCACCCAGCUUGACAGUGCAUACCUUGGGAGUGUUGUGGUGGAUAUUCGUGCUCUCUCACAUAAUGAACGUAACCGAGCCAUUGAUGAACGUUUCAUUGAGAAGCUUUCUGAGGCGUUCAAGUGUGGUGUUCGGCGUUUUGCACAGGAGGACCGCUUAAAAGUGACGACUACAAGCAAGAUGUUGGAGACAGUUUUGGCAGAUCAUGUUACAGAAACGACUACGCUCAUGGACCUCCACAAAUCCCUUACCAGAAAAACUAGUGAUCCUAAUGAAUUGAUUCACAUUCAAGUUUUGCCAGAAGGUACCACGUUUGAACUGCGAAAUGGACAGCAUCGGGUUUCAGCUAUGCUCAAGAUCCUUCAAGAGGCCAUUGAACGCGCUGAUGCUGGGGAAGACAUCACACGACCUGAAGCCCAUGACUAUCUGUGGGCCAUCGACCUUUAUGAUGAUGACAAGAUGACAGAGGAUACCCUUGCUGCCCUGAUGGCCAAUCGUGAAGUCAUGCACCAUUCAAACAGUGAUGGCUACAAUGCAGUCCAGAUACUCGGUCGGCUGGAGAGUGUGCCAGAGAAAGAGCGAGGAGAAAUUGUCAGAGGCUCAACUUUCUCUGACUGGGUGCAGACACUCUUUGGUCUGAAUCUCACACACACUGCCCGGAUGGGCUCUGUGAUCAGCCAUGAAGGCUUUCAGCCGUAUGUUUUUCGAUAUGGAAUGACACGAUAUGGAGAACGUCGCUUUACCUGGACCCUCGGAGGAAAAAUGGUUUCAUCAAAACUUGAUUUUAUCUGGUUUCGAGAGUUUGAUAAAUUUCUCGAGUUCACCACAAAGAUCUUCGGGCAUACCGCGCACCUCGUUCGAUGUGAGGACUGGGAGUUAAUCCUCAGUGUUGAGGCUGGUCGGCCAGACUACCCUCUUCGGCUCCUGUUUUAUCCACGCCGUGAGGACUAUUGGUUGAAUAACAAAAAGCGCAAGAAUCCUUGGCCUUUGCCUCCAAAUUAUCGGAAUGAGCAACUCCCGCGACUCUCAAGCCCCUACCAAACCAAUGACUAUCGCUUCGACUGGCGUCGCCCAGGGUUUCUCAAGGAUCUCAGUGAAGAAGAUUACCACUUCAUCUUUUCACGCCUAAUGGAGAAUCGAAAUCUCCCAUGUCCAUGCUGGAAUGAUUGGUGCAACCUGGAAAAAGCAGUUGACAAGGUCAAACGGAUUCUUCGCCACAUAGCUAUAUGGAUUGACCCAGACUGGACAUACCCUGCAGCAGCCUCGCAUGAUCUGAAGGACUUCCAAUGGGACUUGGAGAUCCAAGACCUUCUUUUCGGAGACAAGAAUUUUGAUCGUCCAUUUUCUCUGGAUGCUGACCGUCUUCGGUUAGCUCGUAAUUUCAUCGAUGAGCUUGUGAGACAGGUCCAAACUGACGGCUUCUGGAAGGACCCAAAACUCAAUGACCUACUCAAACCACCCCCUGAUACCCUUGCAAGUGCGUCGCACUCAGCUGCAUAUUUUGAGCGUUUCCUCCACCCGAAUUGGGCUGCAAUUAUACAGCAUGUUGUCAAGUCUGCCGGCCCGGUUCUGACCAAUGCGAUGAGCGCGUAUAAUGAUCUGGGUUUUUAG